UAAGCCACCAAGCAGUUUGGCUAAACCACUGUGCCUGCCGUUCCCCAUGUCUCAUCCCUACCAGACACACAUCUCUAGGUAUGCCAUGUUCCCAAACUUCAGAUCACCUGAGGAUCGAGACACUGGGAUCGAUGCAAGCAAUCAUCAGCCUUUCCACCCCAAUAUCCCUAGCAAGCCUUAUGAUGUGAUUGUCCUAAGGAAGACCAAAGGUAAUCCAUACAGGCAUGAGGUUGUCAGCAUUCCCCCUGACUCCCUGAAGAAAGCUUUGCACUGGCCGGGACAAUGCACAUACUUCCAACUUCCUAAGUUUGCUGGAGAAAAGGGUCAAAUAUACUAUCCAAAUCCACCAAAGAUGGUGGCCCCUAAUACCACUUUUAAAGAGCUAGAACAUAACCUCUCUCCAAGAACAACCAACAUGCUACGAAACGCUGAAAGGGCUCAGGGGAUCACAACAUACAGUCGGAAUUUCACAGGAAGAGGCCCUAUGAAUCCCCUUAUGCUGGAUGACUAUUACAUGAAAGCAGUUGGCAGACUAACUGGAGAACUAGGUACAGAUGUGGAACUUAAAGAAACGUUUCUGUCUAGUCUCUCACAAGUGAGACCUCUUGAAGGGCGCACUGCACGUUUACUUCAAGGCCGACGUCCCCACGAACCUAUUCUGCAAGAACAGUGCUGCUGCCAGGAGCAGGCCCAACUGCCUCGCCUGUGUUACCAGAAAGAUCAUUAUCUGGAUACACGGCGGCCAAUAAACGAAUUUCAGAAAAUCGCUGACACGUGGCGAACAGAAGCACUGUACAAGAGGCAGUUUUCAGGAAUGUCUGAACUUGAAUCCCUUCCAAAAUCUGCACAUUCCCUUUCCUGGGAAGAUUUUAAGCGCAAACAUUUGGACCAGCAUACAGUGUGGGAAAACCCAGUUAGCCUAAAUAAACCAGUCAUACCACAGGAUGUAAACAGCGAAGGAAGAAGAAUUGAAUUGCACAACCUCUGGUAUCACGAAGCAAGUCAGCCUGCAUGGAGACCAGAGGGGCGAAGAGAGACAGCACUGCCUGAAUGGAUCCCUGGCUAUGAGGUUCUUGAGCGCCAGACAACACUGCUGGAGCUGCAGGAUUCCUUCUCUAAGACAGCAGCACAAAAGCGUUUUCAUGAUUCUAUCAAUGGAGAGACAAAAGAUCUUAGAGAUAACAUUACUGAGGGAAAGAGACACAAAUUCUAUGGAUUCAAUGCUUUUUAUUUCCAUAACUGACACAUUCCCUGGUCUUUUUAAAAUACUAACAAAUAAAAAGUACUUCAAUAUAACAUGUCUAUUCUUGCGUACUGGUUAUGGCUGAGAUAAUUUAUUGUCUUCACAGUAGCUCACGUGGUGCU